CGGGGAUCUGCGGAGUCCGCGAAGCCCCUGGCGGCCGCGGACGGGUGGAGAGGCAGGGGAUCCGGCUGGGAAAAGCACAAGGGUGAAUGAAGGAGAUGGUGGACCAUCUGGUUAACACUGAAAUUAACAGCCAACGCAUUGCUUCCGUGGAAAACUGCUUUGGGGCAUCUGGACAACCCUUAGCUGUGUCAGGAAGAGUCCUUUUGGGUGAAGGAAUUUUGACCAAAGAAUGCCGCAAGAAGCCCAAGCCUCGGGUAUUCUUCCUUUUCAAUGACAUCCUUGUGUAUGGGAGCAUAGUGAUAAACAAAAGGAAGUACAACUCCCAGCACAUCAUACCUCUCGAAGAUGUCACCUUAGAGACGCUGCCGGAUACCUUACAAAUGAAGAACCGAUGGAUGAUUAAAACUUCAAAGAAGUCCUUUGUCGUUUCUGCAGCCUCCCUUACAGAAAGGAAAGAAUGGCUCAGUCACCUUGAAGAAUGCAUUAGGCAUCUGCUGACAAAGACAGGGAGGCAGCCCUCCACGGAGCAUGCUGCCCCUUGGAUACCCGACAAGGCCACUGAUAUCUGUAUGCGCUGCACGCAGACCAAGUUCUCCACGCUUACUCGCAGACACCACUGUCGGAAGUGUGGCUUCGUUGUGUGUGGGGACUGCUCCAGACAGAGGUUUCUGAUGCCGCGCCUGUCCCCCAAGCCGCUGAGGGUCUGUAGCCUGUGCUACAGGCAGUUGAUGGCAGAAAAGAAGAAGGAAGCAGAAGCUGACCUGAGGCAGCCAGAGCAUAUUGACUCUUCCAUGACUGGUUAUGAACCAUCUAGUGGUGAAGACAGUGAUAAAUCUGAUGAUGACAAAGUGGAACGGUGGCCGGGAGACGCAGAGUUUUAUGCCUCAGAAGUAUCUUGGUCGUCUUUCCAUAGCUGACCUUCUUACCCUUGGCUUAAAGCCUGAGGAGCCAAAUUCUGACUUCUGAUCCACGCAUAACCCUCAGUGUUUUCAGUGUUGAGCGUACAUUAGAGGGUGAAAUUUAGCCCCUCUAUCUUGUUUACUUUCAUGUGUUUUCCUGAUGAAGUCAGUCUCUAGUGAUUUAAGAGAACUAGUAUUGUGUCAUAUUACUCUGGCAGAGCAUGGCCUACAUCAUGAUCAUGUGGUAUAGUGGGCAGAGCACUGGACUGGGAACCAGUAAACCAAGG